UAAUUUGUGAGUGAUACAAAUAAUGGAUGUUAGAAAAGAUAAAAAACUAGCAAGAAAUAAAAUCAAUAUAGUAAAAGAAUUGAUAUUUUGAUUGAAAAAAUGUAAUUUGAUUAUUUAUAUUAAUCUCCAAUGGGGAAUUUAUUCGAGAAACUAAAAUCAUUUUUUUCAACUUCUAAACUUGAAGUAUGUAUGGUUGGAUUGGAAAAUGUAGGAAAGACAACAAUGUUGAAUUAGCUUUCGAUGGGUGAUCCUUCUUUCACAGUGCCAACAGUUGGAUUGAAUGUCAGGACUGUGAAAAAGGGAGGAGUAACAAUGAAAGUAUGAAUAAAAAAGAUUAAAAGAUUUGGGAUAUUGGUGGAUAAGUUUAAUAUCGACCAGAAUGGGGUAAUUAUGCUUAAGGAUGUGAUGCUAUAAUAUUUUUGGUUGAUACUUCAAAUGUAAAAUAAAAAAAUAAAGAUAAAGCAAGCCACACUAGGAACAUCGAAAAAGGAAUUACACAAUUUGUUAGAUAAUAAAUCUUUGCGUAAUAUUCCGCUUUUAGUAAUUGGGAAUAAAAUAGAUGUAAAUCCACAUUUGAAUGAAAAGUAAUUGAUAGAAGGUAUACAUAAUGAUAAGAUUGAAAGGUCUAAAUUUGGAUUACAUAACAUCAAAUGCAUGGGCAGUGGCAAUGUGUAGUGCUUUGACUGGCAAUAAUAUAACUUAAGUUGUUGAUUGGUUGAUAGCGAAAUCUAAGAAGUAGUGAGA